GGCGCCCAUACAACCCACAGCACGGAGCUCGUACAGUUUUUAAAUCGAGCUGUGUUUUUCGAACUGUGUUUACUUUGAAAACACAUUUACCUCCAACUGAUAUAUCGAACGUUUUUUUGGUGGAUCGUGUACAUUGUAUAAGUUCAUUUAACUUGUUGUACCAUAUAUUAUUGGUCUGAACUGCGCAGUGAAGUGUUCACGAGCACUCAUGUAUGUUUAGAUCUGCUGGUUAGCGUGUAACUAUACACCAUAGAUCGAUCCGUAGACCAAACACGGGGAAGAUAUAAGCCCAUUAAUGCCUUUUAGUAGAUGUGAAAUCAGGAAAUUGAAGCCAUCGCAAGCAUGCGGUGUGUGAAGGCACUGCAGCUCACCCUCGCGGUCGUCAAACCAGAUGCUGUGGCCCAUCCGCUCAUUCUGGAGGCUCUUCAUCAGAAGAUUCUCGAUAACUUCAUUAUAAUCAGAAAGAAAGAUCUGAUGUGGAGGACAAAGGAUUCAGAAAAGUUUUAUGCUGAACAUGCAGGACGAUUUUUCUAUCAAAGACUGGUUGAAUUCAUGUCAAGUGGCCCAAUGAGAGCGUACGUCCUAGCCAGGGAAGACGCUAUCACUCACUGGAGGGGGAUGAUGGGUCCUACAAAAGUGUUUAGAGCUCGUUUCACUUCACCAGACACCCUUCGAGGCCAGUACGGGCUGACUGACACCAGAAACACCACUCAUGGUUCAGAUUCUGUUGAAUCAGCCAAGAGAGAGAUUUCAUUUUUCUUUCCAGAAUUCAAUGCAGAUGAAUGGAUGGUUAUGGAGGAACCACGUUUUAGGGUUGGACUUAUUGAAUAUAAUGAGGAGAGACAAAUUCAUACUCUCCAGAACACGUGAUGAUCUCUAGGCUGAUGGUACUUCUGCAGUGCUACAUGAAUAUGACUUUCACCUAAUGUUUCUCUUCUGCUGCAUUUUAUUAUUUAUUUUGAUGUUACUCUUUUGUGACUACUAAAUAUCUGUACUUCACCUCUGCCAACAUUAUAUUAAUUUGCAUGUGUUUUAUAUAUGUAAGCUUUGCAGUAAAGGUCAAUAAAUAUUUUCAUCAGCAUAGCAAA